AUGCCUUUCAGGUACAACCCGGACAAAGACAUUCCUGAUCUCAGCGGAAAAGUCUUUCUCGUCACUGGCGGCAACUCAGGCACCGCCGGCGUCGGCAAAGAAGCCCUAAUCCAACUUUCCAAACACAACCCAAAACGCAUCUACUUCACCGGCCGCAACACCUCUUCCGCAAACACACUCAUCGCCUCCCUCCAACCCACAUUCAACAAUCUAACCUUCAUCCCCAUGGACCAAACCUCCCUCACCUCCGUCUCUGAAGGCGCCAAGCUCUUCCUCGAGAAAUCUGAACAGCAACUAGAUGUCCUGAUCUGCAACGCGGGCGUGAUGGCCAUCCCGCUCGGACUAUCGAAAGAUGGCUAUGAGAUCCAAUUCGCGGUCAAUCAUCUAGCGCAUGCGUUGCUGAUUAAUCUUUGUUUGCCGGCUUUGAGGAAGAGUGGUGAGGGGAGGAUUGUGUUGUUGACUUCGUUGGCGUUUAAGAGUGCGCCUUCCAAUGGGGGGAUUGUGUUUAAGGAUUUGAAGAGCACUCAGGCGAAUCUUGGUAUAUCUCUCAUCUCAUUCAGCUCCAAAUUCCUAACCUACGGCCAAAGCAAACUCGCAAACGUCCUCUACGCCUCCCAGCUCGCGAAACGCUACCCGGAUAUCACGACCAUAGCCGUUCAUCCAGGCUUAGUGAUGGGUACUAGUUUGACGGGUCAUAUGGGGUUGUUGGAUAAAUUGGUUAUUAGAGGAGCGACGUUGAAGUUGAAGAAUAUUUCUGUGAGGGAGGGAGCGUUUAAUACGCUUUGGGCGGCGACGAAGGGGAAGGGAGAGGGGAUGAGGAGUGGGGAGGUGUAUGAGCCGGUUGGGAAGAGGGUUGAGGGGACGAAGUUUUCGAUGGAUGAGAGGUUGCAGGAGGAGUUGUGGGGGUGGACGGAGAGGGAGUUGGGGGGUUAUAGUUGA